GACUGACUUCUCCAAGACACGACCUUCGCCAUCUCCUUCGUUUUCCCCUUUUUUAUUAAGUGAUCAACUCAUGAACGGCAAUGAGAACAAUCAGAAUAACCGCUAUGACUAUCAUCAGAUGACAGAAGGGGAACAUGGUGCAGCCUCCAGUUUUGGCUCGUCAAACAAUGCCAAUUCUUCCCAGUCACAACUUGCAAGCAGUGAACAAGCUUUACUUGCUAUAUUAGGAGGGGGUUUGCAACAGAUGAACACAAAUAAUGCAAAUCCAAAUGGGUUGCAGCGAAAUGUUUACCGACCGGAUGGCAGCUUGAAUGUUCCUUCCGCGAACAUGUUGAAUACUUCAUGGUCUGGCUAUAACCCAAACUUUGUUCAAGGAAGGUAUGAUACCCCAUUUCAACCUUACUUGAUGUCCCAGCAUCCAUCCCAUUCUUUUGCUCAACCGAUGAUGGGGUCCACUCCAUCUACGCCUUCCCAACAUUCAAACCUUUCUUCUAUGGGGCUACCUCCUCAAAUAUCAUCAACUCUUCCUUCUCACAAACAAAAUCACUUAACUCAGUUGCUGGAACAACACCCUGCUGCUUCUACCCAAUUCUCCAAUGCAUUCUCCCAACGCUCUGCAGUUCCAGAAGAUAGCGCUUCAAUUCCUUUGCACCCAAACCAAUCGUUUGCUAGUACCUCUACUUCGUUUCCUAAUCUUCCGUACUCCUUAGACCCUUCACAAGUAUCUACUCAGCAGCUUUUAUCAACUUAUAGAGAACAAGUUCCAUCUACCGUCCGCCCUUACUCCUUUCGAACUGCUGAUUCAUUUCUUCCUUCACAGAUCCUUUCUACCGCCGAUUUGUCUAAACACGUUGACAUGGAUUCUGCCACGAUGCCAUCCGUAUCUGUUAAUAGCAAUAUUUCGCCAGCUGCUUCCUCUUUUCCAGUCAUCCCAUCAGCUCCUACUACUUCGCCAAUGGCUUCCGCUACCUUUUUUGAACCUGCCGAAUUUACGACUCCUCAUGAUCAAACGUCUACAGUAGAACACCCCAGGUCUCUGCUAGAGUGGUCUAGUCAAAUGUCGUCUCACACGACCCCAAUAGCUGGUGCUAGCGUCCCUGUCAGCUCUCUAAAAUCUUUCUAUAGAUUGGCUCAUGAAGCUGCAAAAUUAUGUAACUUAGAUCCAGCUGCCUUGGAACCAUUUGAAAAACAAAUGCUAUCUGACAGACUACAGGAUUCCCUAGUCUUGUUCCAUUACUUACAGAUUCGAAAUUCAAUAUGUUGGUUAUGGCGCAGAAAUCCCACCCUUCCUAUUUCUAAGGUUGAGGCCCAAGGUGUUUGUGCUGAUAGAUGUUUAUUUCCCUUGGCUAUAUUAGCUUAUGAAUUUCUUGUAAGAUAUGGAUACAUUAAUUACGGGUGUUUGUCUUUUGAGUCCAUUGUUACUCCGAACAUUCAAAACACGUCUCCCUCACCCCAGGAAAAACAAAAAACUAUUAUUGUUGUAGGUGCGGGACUUACGGGUCUUGCUUGCGCUAGGCAUUUAACAUCGCUCUUUACUCAAUUUUCUUCUUCAUUUUCUUCCAAAGGGGAAGCUAUCCCAAAAAUAAUUUUGCUGGAAAGCAAGCAAAGAACUGGUGGCCGAAUUUAUAGCCGCGUCAUUCCUUCUAUGAAUGCGUCCUUUACAGACCAAGAUGUUAUGCAAGAUUUACCUAAUGUUUCAGAAGCAAUAGACUUUGGCUUUCAGUUUUUAACUUCUGGAGCAGAUAACGUGCUCUUUACCCUUAUAGAACAGCAACUUGGUUUACAAACGCUUCCUCUGGAAGGGGUUGAUCUUUUACGAAAUGAUCAAGACAAUAAAAUGUUUGAUAUUAGUGAUUCAAGGCGGCUUGGGACUUUGUGGACAAGACUUUUGCAACUUGCUUCGUUACUGACAAACGAAUCUAACGAUACGCCCGUCAAUAACCCAUUUUUCCAAAACUUUCAAUCCUUCCUUGACGAGAUUUGCCCGAACCAUGAACAUGGUCCAUUUGUUACUGAAAAUACGCCACACUUACCUUUCAAGCAAAUCCUCGUUUUUUUGAUCCAGAAAAUAAAUUCUUAUUUAAAGUUGUCAUCAGAAGAAAAAAGGUUUUUGACAUGGUGUAUGAUCUCAAAUGAUGCAGAUGACAUAUUGCAUGCUUCCAAAAGUUCUCCUGAUUGGAACUUUGAUUUAGGAAACUUGACACCUAGGGUGGUGAAAAAUGGACUUUCUCAGCUAAGCUGGGCCUUGCAGUCCUAUCCGUAUCCAUUAAAUAUACAGUACGGUAAAAGUGUCUGUGAGAUUAAGAAUGAUAUCUCUAAAUGCUAUGUACACUGUACCGACUCAAGUGUUUAUGAGGCUGAUCAUGUGGUUAUGACCUGUUCUCCGUAUCAUCUUACUUCAGAUAUCAAAAUUCAGCCGACUCUUCCAUCUCAAAUACUUGAUAAUCUGAAAAGUACUCAAUAUGCUCCUGGAAGAAAGUUAAUUUUGAGGUAUACUAAAGUUUUUUGGAAAAAAGAUAUAAGGUCAUUUGGAGUGUUACCUUUAAUCGAUAACAUUGAAGAUAGUUUGAGCUUUCCUGCUACUGAAAGCUCCAUCCCCGUCUCAAGGAUAUGGAAUAUGUUUCCCGUAACAGAACAACCUAUCCUUGUAGCUGAUGUACUGGAAACUGCCGUUGGCCAUAGUAAUGAAGGUUCAACACUAAUACAAACUUUAAACUCGUGGUUGAUGAACCACUUUGCUGAUCAAACUAACGAUUCUGCGGAACUUCUCGAUUGCUGGGAAGUAAACUGGUCUAAUGAUAAUUCUAUGGAUGGAUUGUUUGUUCAAAAAAGCAAUUUUUCUGACUCCAGUAUAUUACAGAAAGGUGGUUCCUUUAGUUUGGGAUGCCUUCAUUUUGUUGGAGAUUAUACGCAGCCUGCUACAUCCGGUUCUUCGCUGUCGAAAUCGUAUCUGGCUGGCAUUUCUGUAUGUACAGGAAUAAUUAAUGAUUUGGCACAGCUUGGAUUAGCACUACCUGUAAUGGGAGAAACUGCUCGUAAUGAGCUUGAAGAAUAUAUGCUACGAACAACUACAAAGCAGUAUGAUACAGAUACGGAAGUUCAGCGACAUCUUUCCUACCGCGCGAGAUACCGCCUUAAACGACAAGAACGAUUGGAUGAGCAUAAGGAAGAAAGCGAGCUUCUGAUUACCGAGUUAUUAGGUUAUUUACCCGAACCUCCAAUUAAACCAAGUGCGAAUCCAUUUCUGUUAUAUCAAAAGAUGCAAUGGCAUGUGUGCAGAGCACUUGCUGACGAUGAAAAGAAAAAGCUUACAGGGGAUAGUGAAGCUAGAGCUACCAUAAACGAAAUCCGUGCGAAAUUAGGGAAAUCGUGGCGGCAACUGGAUGAUUUGGGUAAAAAGCCUUGGGUUGAGGAGAUUGCAGCUCGUCGAGAAGCUUAUGCAGGAAAAAAUAUCCGUUAUCAACAGUUAGCCAAGGAGUAUGAGUUGCGUGCUGAGCAAAUUCGAAACGAUCAUUCUGCGAAAGCUCGUGAUGAGCCUAUUCCAGAAGAUGAAACUCGGCUUUACAUAUUGGCUCAAAGAGAAGAAGCCGAACAGAAAAAUAUCGUUGAUGAAGGUGAUGGCUCUCAAAGUGCCGAGGGUAGCGAUGAAGAAUACCGUGAUGACGGUGGUUCUUCAGAUUCUGGUGGUAAUGCUCAUGAUUAAUGUUUACUUUCUUACAUGAGUUUCAUUGAUACCCUUCAAUCGCAUUCUGCCUAUUUUUGGGUUUCUAAAAAAAUAGAAGGAAUUAUAUAUAUGUCGCAUAUAUGUAUUGAAUAUUUAAUUUAGUUUAAUGAUAUGUACUUUAGAUAAUGAAUUAGAAUUGCUUGACCGAUUUGACAGGAGGCUACUAGUCGAAUGUGAA